AUGAGCGCAGAAAAGAAAUACGACGCUGCCAUCCAGGCGGAGCAUGUCGAUGACCCCAUCGUCUCGGCCAAGGUCGAGGCCGCAGCCAAAGCAGCGACCGAAGUGGCCCAUGAGCUGUCGCUCUGGGAUGCCGUCAAGGCAUUCCCCAUGGCCAUAUUCUGGUGCCUGAUGGUGUCCAUGUGUGUCAUCAUGGAAGGCUACGACACCAUCCUCAUCGGCAACUUUUACGCCUACCCCGAGUUCGCCAAAAAGUACGGCCAGUUUGUCGACGAAAAGGGCCGGCACCAGCUCUCCGCCUCCUGGCAGGCCGGCCUCGGCAACGCCAGCCAGGUCGGGUGCUUCAUCGGCGUCGUCGCCGCCGGCUACCUUGUCACGCGCUUCGGCCAGAAAUACAUCAUCAUCGGCGCGCUGCUCGUGCUCUCGUGCUUCAUCUUUGUCACCUUUUUCGCGCAGUCCAUCGCCGUGCUGCUCGUGGGCCAGUUCCUGUGCGGCCUGCCGUGGGGCGUCUUCGUCGCCUGCGCGCCCGCCUACGCGUCCGAGGUGCUGCCCAUGCGGCUGCGCGUCUUCUUCACCAGCUGGACCAACAUGUGCUUCAUCGUCGGCCAGCUCAUCGCCGCGGGCGUGCUCGCGGGGCUCGUCGCCCGGCCCGACGAGUGGAGCUACCGCAUCCCCUUUGCGCUGCAGUGGAUGUGGCCCGUGUUCCUCGUGCCGGUGCUGUGCUGGGCGCCCGAGUCGCCGUGGCAUCUCGUGCGCGUGGGCAAGCACGAGCGGGCGCGGGAGUCGCUGGUCAGGCUGCAGAGGCAGGCCACCGUCUCGGAGAGGCUGAACCCGGACACGACCCUGGCGGAGAUUAUACACACGAACGAGACGGAGGUGCAGCUCAGUGCGGGCACGAGCUACCUCGACUGCUUCCGAGGAACAGAGCUUCGGCGGACAGAGAUUGCUUGCGUGGUGUUUGGUGGCCAGGUCCUUUCUGGGUCCUCCUUUGCGUACAAUUCGACAUAUUUUUUCCAGCAGGUCGGCCUUGAUACCUCGCAGACCUACUACCUCAACACGGGCGGCACGGCCAUGGCCCUUGUCGGAACCCUCGUCAGCUGGUUUGCCCUCAUGCCCUUUUUCGGCCGCCGCACCAUCUACCUCUUUGGCAUGGCCGCCAUGUCCACGACGCUCUUCAUCAUCGGCAUCCUCAACGUGUGGAACGCCCAGCAGGCCGUCGGCUACGCGCAGGCCGUGCUCACGCUCGUCUGGACCUUCAUCUUCCAGCUCUCCGUCGGGCAGCUGGGCUUUGCCAUUCCCGCCGAGAUUGGCUCCACGCGCCUGCGGCAAAAGACGAUUUGCCUGGCGCGCAACUCGUACUACAUCGUGUCCAUCAUCUCGCAGGUGCUGCAGCCGUACUUUAUGAACCCAAGCGAGCUCAACCUCAAGGGGUACACGGGCUUCGUCUGGGGGUCGAUGGCGUUUGCGGUGCUUGUGUGGGCCUUUUUCCGGCUUCCAGAGUCCAGGGGCCGCACGUACGAGGAGCUCGAUCUUCUCUUUGCGAGAGGCACGGCAACGCGCAAGUUUGCGUCGGCCAGGCUGGACGAGAGCGAGAGCGAGGGCGCUGCUGCAUAG